GAUUGGGCCGUCUUUGCCUCCAUUCUCCUCUCUUUCCGGCUCCACGCGCUCGGCUCAGAGCGGCGCCCCUCGGGUCAAAGGUCAAGUUUUGCCCGCCAUCUUAUCCGAAUUAGUGCACACCAACAAGCUUUUCGCGCAGCGCAGCUAAUGUUGCAAGUGAUAUCCUCCACAUAAAGACUCGUGGCUGAAAAUAUUGAGAGCAGAGAACCCCUGCAGUGAUAUUUGCAGGAGUAUGUCACUGGCCGUACCCGUCGGUGUGGGACCUCAGUCGCGGAGGGCCGUGGCCAGCCUGGGGCGAGCCGAGCUGGAGGACAGACACAUGAGUCUUCUGGAAGAGAAUCACCUGCUAAAGAAACACACUCGGUCUCAAGAAGAGAAGAUGAAGAAGAUGGCCACAAAGCUCCUGAGACUGGCAGCAGACGAGAAAAGAGAGGCCAAAAAAGACGGACAACCACCUUCUGUGGUACAGGUCAAGGAGCUGGAGGGAGAGAUACAUGAACUGACGGCCAAAAUCAGAGACGUCGAAAGAACCAACACUUCUCUACACAACAAGAUUGCAGUACUGCGGCAGCAGUGUGACAGCAAGGGCAAGAGACGGACUCCUUACGAUCACGUGCAGUCCAGGAUCAGCUCCGGCGUUGGGAGGCGAACUCCAAGCAGGGGCUCCUUACAAUCAUCACCUACCACUCCUAGGUAUGGUCGGAGUCUGUUGGAGGAGGCCCGGAGAGACAACCAGGAGCUUGAAGACCUAGUGUUAAGACUGAAACAGGAUAUCUCGGUUCUCACCGCAGAGAGUGAGAAGAACCAGGAACAACUGAGGCUCCAGGCAGCAGAGCACGAGGAGCAGAGACUGAGUCUAGAACAGCAGCUGCAGACACUCUCCGCCUCCCAACACAAGAGGGGUAUUGAGGAGGAUGUGGAGGUGAUCAGAGUGCAGAGAGAAACGAGACAGAAAUCUGACAGACUCCUCGUCCUAGAGUCCCAGUAUUCAGCUAUGGAGAGGAACCUUGAAGGCACGAGGAGCAAUCAGAGAAAGCUUCUGCAGGAAAUAGAGCAGCUAAACAACAGAUUGAAAGAGGAGCAGAGCAGGAGUGUUGGGCUACAUACUCGACUCAACUCCCACUCGGUGGUCCAGGGCAGAGUGGCAGAGCUGGAGCAGAUAGUCACUGACCUGCAGGCAGAGAGGGAGAUCCUAAAGAACACAAACGACAGACUAAUGAAGAGUGCUUUUGCGGAGGACAGAGGGUCAGAGUACAGAGGUCAAGUGAGAGCCUUGCAAGAGAGGAUCCGAGAGUUGGAGAGGGAGCAGGUGGAGUACCUCACAACGACGUCCAAUGCUCACACUUCAGUCCACCACACCCUCUCCGGCGGAAGAGAGGUGAGUGAGCAGAUUGAGCAAGAGGUGAGGGAAGGGAGUGGUGCCUACACUCACAUUCAGACCCAGCAUCAACAGCUCAAGGACAAGCUGCUGAAUGAGUCUCCAAGACUGGCACACAGUGGUGGAGGGUUCCGGACUGCCAGGGAUGGUGGUGUGCUGAACACAGGCCCCUCCCACACCUCAAGCGACACUGCCUUAGAUCAUCUAGUGGACCAUCAACAUGGCAAAACUGACAUUCGUCGGGAGCUGUUUGAGCUGCGGCUGUCCACAGAGGAGACGGCAGCCGACCUUGAGAAGACGCGACACCUCCUGGCUGCCCAGCGAGCCGUCAACCAAGACUAUCAGAAAGAGAUAAGUGCUCUCAGGGAGCAAAUGUAUAGGCUCCAGACACACCAUUUGCCACAGGGAGUCUCAGAUCCACACCCAGAGCACCACAACACAAUAAAUGCCGCAUUCAGCUCUCGAGCGGACCAUGUUGAAACCAGGGAGAGAGCACAGCAGAUGAGAGAGAGAGCCUGGAAUGAAGACAGACAUCCUCAGAGAACAAAAACGGGUGUAGCUAAUGGGGAAGGCAGGAGGGAAGGGAGGAAGGAGGGAUCCAAGGGGACAGUUGGGAAGCAAACGCACCCCAAACUGAGCGAGUCCACCACCCCAAGUGUUUCAUCUACGGCAGCAAGCGAACGUGGUGAUCCAAACUUCACCGAACCUACCAGACCUCAUCACCGUCCUACUGGCAACGAAGAACUCGAUCCCGACAGACGUGUUCUAGAACAAUCCGCAGCAGGGAGAGGGUCUACUGUUGGUGAUGGUGGAAAGACGGAGCCACCAGCUCAGCUGACAUCUCCGCCAAGACUACAGGAGCCAGCAAAUGGGGAUGGAUCCGCGAGCAGACAGAAUCCCUUGGUCCAUGAAACAAGAGAAGGCAGCGGCGAUGGCAGAGUGCUUUCAGAGAGAGAAGUAGUUAGCGAGGAAGAGGAGGAAGAGACGAAAGAAGAUGUGUCUGUCAGUUCAUUGAAUCACUCAUCCUCAGAGUUGGGCACACCCUCAACCUCUACCCCUCUGCGACCUCCCCUCCCUCCCCCUCCAUCUGGUGGGAGGACACAGGGCACACUUCCCCCUCCUCUCCUCCCUCCCUUCUCCUCCUCCAUCUCGGUGAUCGCAGCAGAGGCUCCGGUGUCCACCACCGAGGAUCCAUCGCAAUGGGAGACGGGGGGAGGUGGUGGGUUUGUGAUGAUGGGAGGUGGGGAGGCAGGUGAUGGUGACAGUGUGAGUGUGACUGUGACUGAGUUGAGCGAGGAAGACGAUGAAGACACCAUGUUUGAAGAAACUCUUCCCACAGAGAGUACAGUGAGUGGCAGAACACUAGCCACACCCACCACACCCACCCAGCCGAGCGUGAGACUGAUCGGCGAGGAAGACGAAGAGGAGUCGCCCCUCGUUUCCCCCUCCCUGACGAGCGGCGUGUCUCCCUCGGUCACCAGUCUGGAGGAGGAAGAAGAGGAGGGUCUCCUCGCUACCCCCAGACCAUCUCACCAGGAGCUACCCACUGUACCACAAGUGAGGAUAACAACACACACAUAGUCUGCUCUGUAAUACGAUGCAUACCUGCAACAUACUGUCGUAAUCCCAGUGCUAUAUACCACAUAAUAAUGAAUUAUGAAGGACUUUUGGGGUUAUAUGUACUAAUGUAUCCAGGUGAGAGAGGACGUUGAUGUGAUGAGUGUCUGUAUAGAGCGACUGAGUCUGGAGCCAGCCUUCUCCCUAACAGCAAGGGUGGCGGACAUUUCCGGCUACUUUGUGGAGUUCCAGCUCCUUGACUGCGACUAUGGAGACCUGGAGACCCCCUCUGUGCCAGUCUCACCUCACUCCUCGCAACCCGUGCUCUUCAACUUCAAGAAAGAGUUCCACUUGGGGCCGUCACAGAAGGCACUGCUUACAUCGGCUCUGAGCUCAUCUACUGACAAUCCCGAUAGGAAGGUGCUGUUCACAGUGGUAAGUGACCCGGUCGACCAGGAGAGAGAAUGUGAGGAGGUUGGAACUGCAGAACUCGACCUAUCCUUCAUACACCAGACUGGGAACGACAUCGUGAACCAACAGCUUCAAGUGUUGAGUUGUAACGAAGACGCUGAGCUAUUGGGACUCCUAACUGUCUCUGUGUCUGCAGCUCACAUUCUUAGAAAUCUCUAGCCACUGCACUCAGCAGACUCAAUCACACUCUGCCACUCUCUUCUGCUAGCAACACACACGCACACACACACACACACACACACUCUUCACACGUUUCAUUGGAUAAACUGGUUGAAUCUAGUUAUAAAACAAAGUACCAAUGUAUUCUUGU